GCUAUAACUGCUCAUAGAUGGUAGGUUGAGACAGAAAGGAAGCAAAAAGAACAGAAACACACCCACAGAGGUGAAAAUAAGUGACUAUUUAUACACACUCUAUCCAGCAUCCAUUCACUUCAAGUCCAUUGGUUCAAUAAAUCUUUUUGUCUUGAGCUUUUCUAAGAAAAAUUGAAUAAACUCCACUUUCCAUGAAGUGAAAACAUAAAGAUCUGCAGGUUGGUGAGGUACUUGAGAUUGAUAGAGCCACAAUGGAAGGUGUAAUUCAGUUGCAAAGACAGUUGGUUGAGUAUAGAACCUCCUUGUACAAUGAGGGAUUUCUGGAUGAUCAGUUCAUCCAGCUUCAGCAACUGCAAGAUGAGAGUAACCCAGACUUUGUGGUUGAAGUGGUGUCUCUCUUCUUUGAAGAUUCUCAGAGGCUUCUUAAUGAACUAACCAAAGCUCUACAUCAGCAAAGUUCAGACUUCAAGAGGCUGGAUGCCCAUGUUCACCAGUUGAAGGGUAGCAGCUCCAGCAUAGGAGCACAAAGAGUUCAAAAGGUUUGCAUUGCCUUCCGCCACUAUUGCGAUGAACAGAAUACUGAAGGGUGCCUAAAAUGUCUGCAACAAUUAAAGAGUGAGUAUUCACUUGUGAAGAACAAACUGGAAACUCUUUUCAAGCUGGAGCAACAAGUUUUGGCUGCUGGUGGGUCGAUUCCCAUGUAAUGAGUGGCAUUACAGAGGACAAAGCAAGAGAGAAAGAUGGGCAAUUUAUAAGUUUGCAGAGAAAGUUUUUUUCCCUUUCCUUGUUGGUAUUACUCAGUUGAGAAAUCCAAAGCUACCAAAGAAGGUUAUGUCUUUCGAGCUUGAGCUUGUAAAAUAUCAAAAUGUACAAGCAAUGACGGAGAAUGCAUUGUGGAACCCUUUUUUUUACCUCUAAUUAGGUGUUUUUGGUUUUAAUUGUUUAUGUUUAUCCCUCUCUCUUUUUUUUUAGGAAAAAUUGCAAAUUCAC